CCAGUGGCAUAGAAGUUUUAGAUCAAUAUUUACUCUUUUCUCAAUGGGGUUCAAACUGGGACUAGAGCAUAAUAGACUGGUGUCAUCUGCAAAGUGAAAAACAUCACUAUAGUUUUAAAAUUGUGUAGCCAGGAGUUUUUUCUGUUCCUCAUGCAUUGUUCUAUUUCUUUUUUUCUUUUUUCUAUCUAGCAAUUCGGUCUCCAAAUAGUUUUACAUUAUUUUUGAAUGUUUAACAAAGGUUGCCACUGGCCUUACCUCCGUUAUAAUAAUACAACCUGUAAAAUUGAUUGUAUAUUCCUAGAAGGUAUAUAUAUAUACCCACAACAAUGACAUCUUAUGAUCAAAGUGAUACAAUACAAGAUGUAACUAACUGUUUUAAUAGUGGAACUGUAUAUGAUGAUGGUUGGAGAGUGGAGAAAAUUGUAUCUGUCCUUGACAAGGACGAUGGAAGAUUUUACAAGGUAAAAUGGACUCGCUACAUAUGGCAGUCUGAAGAGAGUCUUCAGCCCUUACAUCAACUUAUAAGUGAUUACUGGCGAGAAAAUGCUGAUAUGGUUUCAUCUAAUGCUUCAGGCCAACAACACAUUGCAACGACAGAACAAGACCUAAGUAAUGUUUUGGGUGUGGGCGGGCAAACAACUGAGCUAACACAGGUGACUGAUAGCCAUGUUGAGGACAGCCAACAAAACGGUGAUGUUAUCUUAUCCACAACUGAAGAUAUCUUACCAGAAGUUUCGAUCGGUGAAAGUGUUUCAAGCGCAGCCGACCACAACGAUGUUGCAUUUUCCAACACUUCGUCUUUUUGUAUGCCACAGCGUGAAAAGAAGUUCAAGUGCUCCACAUGUGGCAAAUCGUUCGAUCGUAAAACGUCCUUGCAAAGGCAUAUGUUGAUUCACACUGGUGAAAAACCGUGGCAUUGCAAAUAUUGCAAUAAGUCGUUCAAUCAGAACUCGAUUCUUCAACGUCACCUUCUCGUACAUGCAGAUCAUAAGAUGUUUCAGUGUGAGUCUUGCGGGAAAAUGUUUUUGGAAAAAAGCGCCCUGCGUCGUCAUGAGGCGACACAUUCCUCGGACAAAGUAUGGGUGUGUAAACAGUGCGGAAAGUCGUUUAUUCUGAAGGAGUAUUUGUCGAAGCAUGUGUUUUUACACACAGGUGCCAAACCGCAUGCGUGUAACACGUGUGGUCGCACAUUCGCAGACAGUUCAGCUUUGAAACGCCACGUUGACGCGAUACAUAAUCGCCCGAAGUUAAGUUGCGGAAUAUGCCAAAGGAUUUUCAGGAAUUUAAAUUCUUUAAAAAUCCAUCGUGCUGAAUGCUCAAAUUUAACAUGUGUGGUUUGUAAGACGUCAUUUGAAAGUAAUUAUUAUUUAAACGUGCACAAAACAACACACCAUGCACCGUUUAAGUGCGAUAGUUGCGACGCCAAAUGCGACACGUACGAUGCGUUCAGUUUGCAUUUACAGGAACACUAUGUGGAGAAAGAGCCUAUAGUGGAGUAUCGCAGUGAUCAAUAUAACAUGAAUGAAAACACAGCAAAUCAAACUGAGAUUGAAAGUAACGGGCAGACUAGGACACCGAACAGUUUUGACGAGCUGUUUAAAUCAGCUUUGAUUCCUUAAAGCAAUGUACCCUGGCAAUGACCAUAUUCGAUUGGUUAAAUUUGCAGUACGAAUUUUUAACGCUUUUAACAGAAAGGUCGUCUUAGUAAAUAGAAAUAUUAACAUGCAAAAAUAUGAAAGAUACUUAUAAAUA